CUUUCCCGUCGGAGAUCAGAGAGCCGUAGCGCUCGACCGGCGUCUGCUUAGCGCUGUCGGGGAAGGAGAGGGAAGAAAGUUCGGGGCGGGGGCAGAGGGGAAACGGUCUCGGGACCCGCCACUACCUGGCGAAGCGGUAGUUCUCCGCCCGCGGAGUCCCCAAGUCAGCCCUCGUGGAAAAGCUGCUGGGGAAGUCGUGAGCCACUCGCCCGAGCGCUUAGUACGGCGCUCUGUAUACAGCACUCGAUCGGAAAGUUAUUUGACCCUGCGUAUAGCACAGUACACUUUUGGAAAGCCAGAAGAAUGUCUCCUUUGCUCAAAGUCGUGCAAAACUGGAACGUGUCUGUCAGAAAAAUGAGGAAGGCAACAGGAUUCAUAAUGAAACCAUAUGCUCUAAAAAAUUCUCCAGUGUUCCACAGCCAGCAUUUACCAAGGACAUGCUCAUUUGCUACCAUUAGUUCUGAAAAGGAAAACACUUUCAAUUAUAUAAUUGUUGGGGCAGGAUCUGCCGGAUGUGUACUGAGUAAUCGGCUUUCAGAAGAUCCUAACAGUACUCUACUGGUUCUAGAAGCAGGCCCUAAAGAUCUUCUUGCCGGUAGUAAGAGAUUGACCUGGAAGAUUCACAUGCCUGCUGCGUUGACCUAUAAUCUCUGUGAUGAUAAAUACAAUUGGUAUUACCACACCACACCACAAAAGGGCAUGAACAAUAGAAUCAUGUAUUGGCCUCGUGGUAGGGUGUGGGGAGGCUCUUCCUCUCUCAAUGCUAUGGUGUAUAUUCGUGGGCACGCAGAAGACUAUAAUAGGUGGAGUAGGGAAGGUGCCGUGGGAUGGGACUAUGAACAUUGUUUGCCUUAUUUCAAGAAGGCACAGACCCACGAGCUUGGCCCAAACCAGUACAGAGGUGGAAAUGGACCACUGCACGUUUCAAGAGGAAAGACCAAUCAUCCACUUCAUCAGGCAUUUCUGGAAGCUGCUCAGCAGGCUGGCUACCCUUUCACCGAUGAUAUGAAUGGUUUCCAGCAAGAAGGAUUUGGAUGGAUGGAUAUGACAAUACACAAAGGUCAGAGAUGGAGUACAGCUAGUGCUUAUCUUCGCCCUGCUUUGUCCCGUCCAAACUUAUCAACAGAAGUCAGAACAUUUGUGAACAAAAUUUUGUUUCAAGGGACUAAAGCAAUUGGAGUUGAGUAUGAGAAAAAUGGACAAAGGAGGAUGGCUUAUGCCAAUAAAGAAGUGAUUCUCAGUGGAGGUGCCAUAAACUCCCCCCAGCUGCUGAUGUUGUCUGGAAUUGGGAAUGCAGAUGACCUUAAAAAACUAGGGAUCCCUGUUAUUUGCCAUCUUCCUGGAGUGGGCCAGAACCUUCAAGACCAUUUAGAAUUGUACGUUCAGCAGCAGUGCACUCGCCCCCUUACUCUUUACAAAGCACAGAAGCCUAUUAAGAUGGUUCAGAUUGGUUUGGAAUGGCUCUGGAAAUACACAGGGGAUGGAGCUACUGCCCAUUUAGAAACUGGUGGGUUCAUCAGGAGCCGACCUGGAGUUACUCACCCAGACAUUCAGUUCCAUUUUUUGCCUUCUCAAGUGAUUGAUCAUGGCCGGGUUCCAUCCCAGCAAGAAGCUUACCAGGUCCAUGUCGGAGCAAUGAGGAGCACAAGUGUGGGCUGGCUAAAACUGAAAAGUGCUGACCCAAGAGAGCAUCCCAUUAUUGAGCCUAACUACUUGUCAACAGAAACAGACAUUGAGGAAUUCCGUCAGUGUGUGAAGCUCACCAGAGAGAUUUUUGCACAGAAAGCCUUGGAACCAUUCCGGGGUCCAGAGCUCCAGCCAGGAGAUCACAUUAAGUCCGACAAAGAGAUAGAUGCUUUUGUCAGAGAAAAGGGAGACAGUGCUUACCAUCCCUCUUGUACCUGUAAGAUGGGCCAGCCCUCUGAUCCCACUGCUGUGGUUGACCAUCAGACAAGGGUCAUUGGGGUGGAAAACCUGAGGGUUGUAGAUGCCUCCAUCAUGCCCAGCGUUGUGAGCGGGAAUCUCAAUGCACCAACGAUUAUGAUAGCCGAGAAAGCAGCUGACAUAAUUAAGGGGCUCCCUUCACUUUGUGACAAAGGCAUUCCUGUAUAUGAGCCUCAGACCUGGGAAACACAGCGAUAAAAUGGACAUUGCACCUUAGAGUGAGGAUUCCAGGUCGGGGAAGGGAGGAUUUUUUUUCUAUAAAUUUUAAUUCUUAUUUCUUAGAGGUACUGGCAGGAUACUUUUUAGCCAAAGCGAUUUGAGCUAAUAAUUAGCAAAAAUGUCAGCUAUUGAUAAACCAAAUUGAGUGAUUCAAUAGCUGAUAAAUUCACAAUAAGUAGAAAAGUAUAUCUGAGACUUGUCCCCCAAUACCUUUCAUGGAUCUCUCAGGAGGAUGAUAGAAUUCACAGAAGGGAAUAAUCUACUGACUGGAGUGAGUGACAGACAAGGAGGACCUCCAGUCACAAUGCUUUGAAGUUGUGGUAGGAUGCUGGGCCUGGAUUUUUUAGUCUUCACUCUCCCUCCCAGAGAGACAGUCAACUAGUUUAAGUCAUGAGUUUAAUUAGUGAAAGCAGUGAGCUGCGGCGAGAAAAUCUGAGACUUGGAGAGAGGCAUUU